ACAAAAAUGUUUAAGCAUGGGCUGCACAGUGGCUUGGUGGUUAGCACUGUCGCCUUGCAGCUAGAAGAUCCCUGGUUCAUGUCCUGAUUUGGAUCUGGGAUCUUUCUGCAUGGAGUUUGCAUGUUCUCCCUGUACAUGUGUGGGUUUUCUCCGGGUACUCCAGCUUCCUCCCACAGUCCACAAACAUGCUGAGGUUAAUUGGUGAUUCUAAAUUGUCCGUAGGUGUGAAUGUGAGCAUGAAUGUUUGUCUCUAUGUGUAGCCCUGUGAUAGGCUGUUACCUGUCCACCUUCACCCUCAGUCAGCUGGGAUAGACUCCACCCCCCCACAACACUAAUGAGGGUUCAGCGGUGUAUAGAUGAUGGAUGGAUGUUUAAGCAUUAUGUUACACUGCUCUGUUUUUUGUUUUUUUUUCUUGUAUGUAAUCACAUAGAGUAGGGAUUGAUAAUGUCCAACCACAACCAUAAUGAGAAGUUCAGAACCUAUGGUCAUGUGUCCAGAAUGUAUACCAGCUGGUGAACAAUAUGGCAAGAAUUUAGCACAACAUUGCAAGACGAUAACCAUUGAAAUGAUUAUUUUCAGACCACUUUUCCCCCCGUUAAAUACAUUUGAAAUGAAUAAAACGGACACAGCAAACUAUUGGUCUUGGAAAAACCAUGUGCUGCAGUACACCAAAAACUACAGCUGGUAAUAAUAAGAAUGGAAAUUUAUCAAGUUUAGUCAUGAUUUUGAUCACAUUUGCUACCAAUUAUGUCAGACUGUGGUGGGCAGUUGCUUGGUGGAACAGAUUUUUUAUACCCUCAUAACCCCAGUGGAAUACUUGAGAGCCUAAACUGGGAGUUUUUGUGGUUGGUUCGGUGACUUAAAGAAAAUGAAUUGGUAACAGUUUAUAAGUGAUUUAUCAUUUCAGGGUUUGUUUUUAAUGUAAGUGAAAACACCAGAAAUUCAUACUUCUCAGUCAUCUGUAAGGGUAAACUCAACAUAUUUGUGUUUGUUGUAUAAAACAAGCAAUCUGAAUGUUAACUUGGGUUUUGUUGAUGAGCGUUUUUAGCUAUAAUGUGAGAUUUUGCUGAUAGAGAAAAACUGUCCUCUGAGCAUGUUUCUACUCUGAGGACAGACUUUAAAGUAAACACCUGCGCUGGUAGCCAUGAGACAAGCCUUUGACUAAACACUUUAUUGCAGUUUUUCUGUACUGCCUCCAACUUCAACACUCCACACAGACAUUCCAUCACUCUUAUCAAGAGCUGUCGUCACCAGCAGCUCUUACAAGCAAAGCAACUGGUCCACGGCGGACUAUGAAGCACAGGAGAGCUGAUGGCAUUCAGAAUGUGACGCUAUUAGUGCAGAUGAUGCUGCAUUUCGAGCACUAAAUGCAAAGUGUACAUUCCACACACAGGUUUAUUAUUUUGGACUGAGGGAGAGAGUCAAGUGGUGUUGAUCUAUAAGCUGAGCCUAUUAUGAAGCGCUGGGUUUUCCCAGGCAGUCAGACGAACGUGUUGCUAGGAAACAUGCCUAGAGAUCGGGGGUGGACUGGUUUGAUGAGAGUUCCCUGCUAGUUUCAGCAUCACAUGGAAAUAACAAGUGCCACAGGCAUGCUGUCCCAUGAGUAGAAUAUUGAUUUGAACUGGUUGAUUUAAUCUUUGUAAUUUUGCAUUUUGAUCUCAGCUUUGUAUUUUUAUGCUUUUUCAUAUCAUAAACAACAAAUAAAGGGACAUUUUCUCAGUUUUCCACCAAUAUUUUGACAACCAGCUACCACUACUAAGAGGCAGGAUCUGUUUUCAUUACUGAUUAUUAAAUGUGAUCAUUGUGUUGCACUGGCAUCUUCUAGAACUUUUCACUGCAGAGAACAUUUACUGUUAUUGCAGGUGCUGCUAUACUUCAUACAUAGUAGAAUGAGUAUUGACAAAUUGUUCUAGAGAACAAUUCCUUUGCAUUGAGACAGUUAACUUCCACAUAGUGAAACAUUUUUCAUCACUUUCACUUUAAAUUCUGACGCCUCUGUAUUUCUUGACUUCUGUAAGAUUAAAAUCAAUACACUGAUCAGAUUCUGGAUUUUGAUAUAUUUAGCCUCCCAGAAAGCUGCACAGCAUGGCAGAUAAAUGGUUUAUUUAGUGACGUCCAGAUUCUCAUGUUCAAGGCAAUGCUGCCCUCAUUUGGAGAAAACUGUCAGUGCAGCCACAUCAUACUGAUGAGUAAUUACAACAGUGACAUAAACCUUUUGCUUGUGUUUAUAUAGAUUUAAAAUCAUAUUAAUACUGUUGACACCACAUGGAACUGUGCAGCAGCAAACUGAAGCAUUCAAUGCAUGCAGAUUAGAUUUGAUCCCUGCUUACAAAAUCACACCUCAUAAUUCUCUGCGUGCCAAGUUUCUGCAUUUUAAACACCCCACUAGUAAACAGCGGGUUGAGUAUAUUUAACCUCUCUGCAGCUGACGGUGAGCCCAGCACAGUUGUGACUUUGACUCCAACAGAACCAGUAGCAUCUGAUCUCUCCAAGGAUGUAAUCAGGAGCAGGAGUGUAAAUCUGCCCAGUGGAGGAGAGAAUUAAGCUAAUGUAGCCGGCAGCAGUGAAGCAGAAGGCCCAGCUGCUUGUAUUUCUCUCAGUCAGAGUGCUGCCGUCUCCUGCACUGCCUACUUAGCUCCUGGAGGCAGACUGUCAGGGCCAAACAGUAAUUGGUCAGAGGGGACUACACAGAGAGGAACAUCUAAUUACUAAGAAACACCUUCUCCCAGUUGGAGCUCACAGGUAGGCGAAUACCUUGAGAUAGUUAUGUGCUAACAAUAGCUGAUGCUAUAGACCCGAAUGCCUCCAAAGCAAACUUGAUGGCCCUCUAAAGGGAAAAAAAAUGUGCUUUGCUUUUUGUUUCUUUUCUAUUGCAUGUUUGGACGUCAUAGUGCAGAGUGCUGAAUUUGACAUAGAAGGCUGUUUUUUUUUCACAUUCAUCUGCUGAUACCGUAAAUUGUCUGAAAGUCUGAGCAGGGGAUUUUGUGACAUCUAAGGAACCCAGUGUUGCUCCAUAAUAUGCAAAUUACUCUAGAGUGAUGUUGAAGCCUCCAGACAGCUGACUUUUGAAGCAUGUUUGUCUUGCAGUCACACAUCUAAACAAAACAAAUCUGUGGAUCCUGGACCCUGAAGAAGCUGAAAUUUAGUUUUAACCAACCAUACUAGAUGCAAAUUAUUAUCCCAAGCAUGAUGUUGUUGCAUAUCUUAAAAUAUUCUGUUAUCACUUAUUUACUUGUUCUCUCAUAUGAAGUUCUCCAUAGAGAUGCUGCACUUGCAAAAGCUCUAUGUGAUAUGUUUAAAAUGUUGUAAAUUACUUCCCUGGCCUCUUGUAAGUUGUCAAAAAAAAUGACAAUAUGGUGUUCGCAGCAUUUAAUAAGAAAUGGAAGGACAUUGUUCUUAGAAAUAUCUAUUAUUCACCCCCUUAAACCCUUGAAAUGAGCUGAGGAAAAGUGCAAAGCUCAGCUAGAGAUCCUAUUAUAAAUGUUUCUUGCAGUGGAUAUGUCUUUGCCAUCUUGAAGAAUAAAGACCAUUGAGUGUAGAAAUGAGGGAUGCUCCGAGGCCAGACUGUUACUCCGCCUGCCAAGUUUCACAUCAGAACAUUUCAAGUGUCUUUAAUCUCCUGCACACAGCCAGAGCUGCUGAAGAUUUAACUUUCUGCAAAGUAUACAGCAAGACCAGCUUUUAUUUUCACAUGUUACUCAGCACCGGGGCUGCACAUUAAUUAGCUCUAAACCUGGGUUAUCUGUCCUGCUGUACUCCUCCUCUGGGGGGAGACGCUGAGAAGGACGAGCCCCUGGCUGCACAAAAAGGGGAUAAUUUUAUUUCCACAGUCAAAAUUAAGGACUUUAUCUGCGCCUUUCGUGAUUUUAUUGAGCUUAAGUGCAUCUAAUGAUGUGGUAAUUGCUUCAAAGCAAUAAAAAGUUAACAGAUGUCUCAGUUGUGCAGCCACACCGUUAAAGCCAAGGCUGUUUGCAGAAAACAAGCCUUAUUAACCCUGAGGGCCUUUGUUGAUUCCAGCGGGUGUUCAGCUGUAAUCCCAGCAGUAAAAAAUGCUGAUACAUACUGAGUAGAGAAGUAAUACUAUUGCUGAUUCUCCCGUCACCUGCAGCAGAGAUUUUCUCCCCUCUUGGGCUGGAAGGGCCGGCGGUGGCUCUGCCUUGGCUCUCUGACCUCUCCAUGAUUGAGUUGAUCUCCGAAAGAAAAGCUCCCAUGACCUCGAAAAGCUUGAGGAAACAGGAUGAAGACAGACAUGGCAGAGCAACAAUAGACGCCACCACACACACACACACACACACACACACACACACACACACACACACACACACACACACACACACACACACACACACACAGUCAGCAUGUUUGAAUUAUUACUUUACAAUGACAUGGGGGCUUUAGGUUGCCAUGUGAUGCCAAAUCAGAUAUCUUUAAGUUUAAGAUGUUUUUAAAAAGAUUGAAAAUUGGACUGCCAAAAAAAAGAUUGUGCUUUCAUUUACCUACACAGAUAAAUAAUGUAUUUGAUUUGAUUAAUCACAGAGGCACAAAACUCCCUCCUAUGAUUGUAAAUAUGGAAGUAUCAUCACAGUCUGAGCUUGAACUGUCUCAGACUCAGAUGUCCAGUCAGCAGUAAUUAGCUGUACUGGGUGUUAGACACCUAACAGAUUGUGUUGUUUUCAUCUGGGGGUUAAAUGCCACUUCUCCCCCGUGGAGUCCUUUGCUUGCCACUGCUGUACAGCCUGUGGUCGGGACAACACCUUGGAGCCAAACAAUUACAUCAAGGUCAUGGAGAGGAGGAAUGUUCUGCCGAUUAGUGCAGGAGUCCAGCAGCAACCUGCAGAGUCCACAUUUCACAGGGAUGACAGCAGACCUGAACGAGAAGGAGACUUAAUACAUUCAAUUUCUGAAUGUACUGGUUGGGCUGUCUUGUAAAUCCAAGCUUCAGUCGUGUUAUUGAACCACACCGAGGGGACAAAACUCAUAGAUAUGUGCCUUUACAACAGCAGCAUAUUGCAAAUGAUCACAGUGAUGGAUACAUGCAAGGAAGAUUACAAGUCACUGGCAGAAGUGGAAAUCUCUGUAGAAUAUUAGUUUGCAUUAGUUGUGUAGUUUGGUUUGUGUUUGCACAGCUUAAAGAACCUCAGAUAACCUCCCAAAAGUAUCAGUGGGCUGUUAGCAUCUUUUCCACUUUCCUCUCAAUCUAAAAUGGGACCAUUUGCCUGCUGCAGGGGGUCGAGUAGACACAUCCAGGACUGACACUGCGCCUCUAACCAAAUACAUUAAAUGAAAUUGGUAUUGGAGCAGAUUAUUAUUAUUCUAUGUGCGCCCUUUAGGAGCACCAUAUCUCCACUGUCCAUAAAGACACACUGUCCUGGUCAGUUUUAUAGCUCCAAAAGUGAAGAUGAAGCUUCAGGAUGAAGCAGUUUCCCUGUUUUUCAUCUUGUUUUAAUAUUUUACAUCAUAAUUAAACGAUAAUGAUGUUUUCUCUGUGUACUUUUUGUAAUGUGCUUUUAUUGUGACCUGUUGUGUCCUAAGUUUCACUGAUAUCUUUUUUUUUGUUGGCAUUUUUUUACCUGCCUAUGGACUGCAGAUGUAAAUUAGCAUUGUUGCUAUAAUCCCUCAUAUUUACGUCUAUUGCUGUCUAAAUAGAUGUUCAUUAAUGUGCUCUGUCCCUUUCAAAUAAAUAAAAGGUUUCAGUCAUCAGUGAUAUUUAAAAUUCACUAUUCAUUCACCUACUCCUAAACUAAGAAAAAAGCUGUUGAUUGAUCUUUUUCUGUCAUUUUUAUAAGUAGUAAUAACGAAAAACAAUUACAUCAUUAUAAAUUCAGUUUUUAUGUCACACGACAGAUAUAAACUCUGUUUUUCUGGAGCCUGCUGGCAGUUUUUUUAUUUUCUUUCUUUUUGCACGAGUCACUUGACACUAAACUUGCGACGCUCUUGAAGUGUGAAUUUCUCUUAAAAGGAUGAGUUUUUUUUGCAAACACACCUACACGGGUCGACCUUGUUUGAGGUUUGACACUGUCACGCUGAUGCACAGAAAUUCUGUAGAAAAAACCACCAUGGGAGAUAUAAACGAGUUCAAAUGUGCCCUUGUAGUUGCAAUUAUUACAUAAUAAAAAUAGAAAACAAAAAAAAAUAUGGCAAUACAAAUAGAUUUAUAAGUCAGGACAUAUUUAUUUUGGCAACAACAAAUAAUUUGUCACAUUUAUUCAUGUUGUGUCAUAGCUGCACUUUGUUUUAUCUUUAGAACGUCCAAAAAUCGCCGUAACCAACAUGUGCCACCGUGCGUAAUUACGCACGGUUAUCCAUGUCGUUAGAUAUCGAUAACGUGCCUUAAAACUGAUUUACUUUACAAACAACAUGAAGCUCAACUUUGCAGGCAACAGCAGUGUCGGUGCUCAUUGAUAGGGAAAUUGAGUGAGGCAGACUUGGGUGUAGCAAGACAGAAAAGAGGGGUGUGACCAUCCCAAAAGUUUUCUUCAAUGGGCUACCUGUAGAGUCUGCGGGCGCCGCGCAUAAAUACUCCUCCUUCUGAGGAUAACUUCAGUCCUGAGGGAGAGACAGAGAGACGAAAUUAGGUUUUUGGGAAUUUGGUUCGAGCGGAUUAUGAACGCUUUUGGACACCAACCGUCCAACCAGCAGACCAGCCCUAUUCAGCACCACAGCGCACAGGAGCUCCUGGACAUGGCCGUGUACUGCGAUAACUACGGUGUUUACCAACAGAACCUGCACCAUCAUCACCCACAGAGGCCACCGACUCACCCAUCCAGCUACGGCCUCGGAGAAUACUCUUCCCCGUCAACGAACCCCUACCUGUGGCUGAACGGACCGAGCAUCAACUCCUCUCCUUACCUCCCGGGGAACAACGGCACGUCCUACAUUCAGUCUGGAUACGGGUCGAACCAGAGGCAGUUCUUGCCGCCUCCCACCGGGUUUGGCGGCGCAGACCUCGGCUGGCUGUCCAUAUCCAGCCAGCAAGAACUUUUCAAGAUGGUCAGACCUCCUUAUUCCUACUCAGCGCUGAUAGCAAUGGCCAUUCAAAACGCCCAAGACAAAAAGUUGACUCUGAGUCAGAUUUAUCAAUAUGUAGCUGACAACUUUCCGUUCUACAAGAAGAGCAAAGCUGGAUGGCAGAAUUCAAUUCGCCACAACUUGUCACUGAAUGACUGCUUUAAAAAAGUGGCACGGGAUGAGGAUGAUCCAGGUAAAGGAAACUACUGGACGCUGGACCCCAACUGUGAGAAGAUGUUCGACAACGGCAACUUCAGACGCAAGAGAAAGAGGAGAUCUGACAUAAACGGCGCUGACAGCGGCGUCCUCCCGGUAAAGUCAGAGGACGGUGCGCACAAGCUCUCCGACACCGCCAGCCUGCUGAGCUCCUCGCCGCCCAGCCUGCACGGAUCUCCGGCCUCCACGGAGCCCAAGUCUUCCCCGUCUCCCUCCGCGGAGCACAGCCCGUGUUUCAGCAGCUUCGUGUCCAGCGUGAACUCGCUGGUGGCGAUCGGCGGUGCCAGCGACGGCUCCCGGGCCGCCGAGCGUGACUACGGCUCCGGGCACCAUGGAGGAUUGUCUCAGGCCAGAGAGGGCAUGUCCGGGCUGGGCUCCUACUCGCCCUCUUUAAUCUCUCCUCUGAACUCUGACAACAACAGGAUGAACUAUUACACAUCAGUACAGGGACUCUCCAACCACUUCAGUGUCAAUAACCUCAUAUACAGCCGGGAAGGAACAGAGGUGUAGACUGAUUAUUGUUAUUAUUAUUAUUAUUAUUAUUAUUAUUUGGGAUGGUUAUCAAAAAAAAAAUCAUUUCUUUUCUUCUUAUGUAGCCUUCAGUUAAAGCUCAUUUUCUGGUUUGGUUUGGCCUCAUUGUGCAGCUGAAACUAAACUGGUAACCCUCUCAUACUGGGGAAAAAUAUCAAUCAGUGUAUUAAAAAAGGAAUAUAAACUGCCUCUGCUCCAUUAAACCAGUGCAACAGACAUGUUUAUUUGUACUACUAAAGUCACACAUAUUUCCACAGUUUGGUACGUAUUUAACCUAUUUUACAUUGUAGCUGCUCAGCUGGGCUUAAAAAAGAGGAAAACAUCUAUGUACAGAAAUUAUUUUCAUAAGAAGAAACAUGUAUGUUAGACUGAAUUGUGUUUUAUUUAAACUCAUGUUGAUGUUUUGAAUAAAAAAAAGCAUUUAUUUUAACUCCA